AUGUUCGCUCUCUUUUUGUGUAUUGCUUUAGCUUCUGCUAAAUUAGGUAUUGAUGUCUCUCAACCAACAUCUAAAUCAUCAUUCACUUGCCUUAGAAAUAAAGGAUUUACUACUAUGGUUAUUGUUAGAGCUUGGAAGUCAACUGGUUCAUUUGAUACUAAUGCUCCACAAACUCUUAAGAAUGCCAAUGCUGCAGGAUUUUCAAUUGAAAAUUCUGAUGUUUAUUAUUAUCCAUGCAUUUCAUGUGGUAAUAUGGCUGGACAAGUUAGAACUUUCUGGCAAAAAGUUGGUCAAUACAGUUUGAAAGUAAAAAGAGUUUGGUUUGAUAUUGAAGGUACUUGGACUUCAUCAGUUUCUACUAACCAAAAUUAUUUAAUGCAAAUGAUGAAUGAAGCUAGAGCUAUUGGUAUUGUCCAUGGUAUUUAUGGUUCUAAAUAUUAUUGGGGAAAUCUCUUUGGAUCAUCUUACAAAUAUGCUUAUGCUUCAUCUACUCCAUUAUGGUAUCCACAUUAUGAUAAUUCUCCAUCAUUCUCUGAUUUCUCAUCAUUCGGUGGAUGGACUAGUCCAUCUAUGAAACAAUAUAGAGGAGACGUUUCUGUUUGUUCAGCUGGAGUUGAUUAUAACUACAAACCAUAA